CGGCGGGGGAGCCGGGGUCGCUGCCGCCCGCCCGGGGAGUGGAAGGGGAGGAGCGGCGAGACCCAGCCGGCGAGGCCCCCGGUGCGCGCGCGCGGCCCGGCUGGCGGGGCGGACGGCAUGGGGACGCCUCCCGCUUGCCCCGCGCCCUAGCGGUGGCCGCGGCGGCCCUGGGCCGGGACGGGAGGCGGCCGCCUGCCCGAGGGCCCCGGGGCUGCGGCGGCGUCCGGAGCAUGUCGUGAUGGCUGCGGAGAAGACAUUGCAAGAAUACGGGGUGCUCUGCCUUCAGGAAUACAGAAACAACAGCAAAGUCGAGUCGAGUCCAUGUACCAGCUUCAUGGGUCUGAAGGAUCUCCUGGGACAUGACCUUGGCCAUCUCUAUGUGGAAAGCUCAGACCCACGUUCAAGCGCGGCUGUCCCCUGGCCAAUGGUAGAAAAGGCAGCGAUGGAUGGCAUCCAUGCUGGAAAGGAGGAGAGGGGGGGAUCUGAAGAGCACGCGAGCUCCGCGAGCUCGGGGGACUCUGAGGAAAGCACCCAUUCUGAUCACGAGCCCGAGCAGCAGAAGAGCAUUUCCAUAGAGCCAUGCUUACUCACCAAGACUCACAGGCAGUUGUGUCGGUCCCCGUGCUUAGAGCCGCACCUCCUCAAACGCAGUGAGAUUUUGCAAGACUUUAAACCCGAGGAUGCCCAGACUCCAUCCAAGGAAGCGAAGAAACCCCCCGAUGUGGUUCGAGAAUACCAAACGAAACUGGAGUUUGCCCUGAAGUUAGGUUAUUCCGAAGAACAGGUUCAGCUUGUGCUCAACAAACUUGGUACCGAUGCUUUAAUCAACGAUAUCUUGGGAGAACUCGUCAAGCUUGGAAAUAAAAGCGAGACCGAUCAGACCGCGAGUCCGAUGAACAGUGUCAUGCGGGAAGUGUCAUCUCUAGAGUCCCAGAGGUCCGAGUCGCCCAUGCAGGAGAUGGUGGCGGAUGAUGGUGAAAACCUGAGGCCCAUCGUUAUUGAUGGUAGCAACGUGGCAAUGAGCCAUGGAAACAAAGAAGUCUUUUCCUGCCGAGGAAUAAAAUUGGCAGUGGAUUGGUUUUUGGACAGAGGCCACAAAGAUAUCACUGUUUUUGUUCCUGCCUGGAGGAAAGAGCAGUCGCGUCCUGAUGCUGUCAUCACAGAUCAGGAAAUCUUACGCAAGUUAGAGAAGGAGAAGAUCUUGGUGUUCACGCCAUCGCGGCGAGUCCAGGGAAGGAGAGUGGUUUGCUAUGAUGACAGGUUCAUCGUGAAACUGGCUUUUGAGUCCGAUGGCAUCAUUGUCUCCAAUGACAACUACAGGGAUUUGGCCAAUGAGAAACCAGAAUGGAAGAAGUUCAUAGACGAACGGUUAUUAAUGUAUUCCUUCGUCAAUGACAAGUUCAUGCCUCCUGAUGACCCUCUGGGCAGGCACGGCCCAAGCCUGGACAACUUUCUGAGAAAGAAACCCAUCGUUCCUGAACACAAAAAGCAGCCUUGUCCUUAUGGAAAGAAGUGCACCUAUGGGCAUAAGUGCAAAUAUUACCAUCCGGAAAGGGGCAGUCAGCCUCAGCGAUCAGUGGCUGAUGAACUUCGCGCCAUGUCUAGAAACACAGCAGCCAAAACUGCCACUGAAGGAGGGCUGGUGAAAAGCAACAGUGUCCCUUGUAGCACGAAGACAGACAGUACUUCCGACAUGAAGCGAGGGGCUCCAAAGAGGCAGUCUGAUCCAAGCAUAAGGACUCAAGUCUACCAAGACCUAGAAGAAAAGCUUCCCACCAAAAACAAGUUGGAAACCAGGUCCGUCCCUUCCUUAGUUAGCAUUCCGGCUCCUCCUACUACCAAACCCCAAAGCACUACAUCUCUAAGCAAUGGCCUUCCAUCUGGAGUGCAUUUCCCACCUCAGGAUCAAAGACCACAGGGACAAUAUCCUCCACUGAUGAUGGCAACCAAAAAUCAUGGAACGCCAAUGCCUUAUGAACAGUACCCCAAAUGUGACUCACCCGUUGACAUUGGGUAUUACUCCAUGUUGAACGCGUAUUCAAAUCUGAGUAUCUCAGGCCCACGAAGUCCUGAAAGGCGUUUCUCCUUAGACACAGAUUACCGAGUGAGUUCCGUGGCCUCGGACUGCAGCAGUGAAGGGAGUAUGAGCUGCGGGAGCAGUGACUCCUACGCGGGGUACAACGACCGCUCCUACGUCAGCUCUCCCGACCCGCAGCUGGAAGAGAGUCUGAAGUGUCAACACAUGCACCCUCACAGCCGCCUUAAUUCCCAGCCCUUCUUGCAGAAUUUCCACGACCCCUUAACCAGAGUGCAGAGUUACAGUCAUGAAGAACCAAAGUUCCAUCACAAGCCUCCCCUCCCGCAUCUGGCCGCGCACCUGCAGCAUCCAGCUGUGGGCGCCCGGUCCAGCUGCCCCGGGGAUUACCCCUCGCCACCCACUUCCACCCACUCGAAGGCACCGCACCUAGGGAGGUCUUUGGUGGCCACUAGAAUAGACAGCAUUUCCGAUUCUCGACUCUAUGACAGCUCUCCUUCAAGACAAAGAAAGCCCUACUCCCGCCAGGAGGGGCUGGGAAGCUGGGAUAGGCCGAGUUACGGGAUGGAUGCCUAUGGGUAUCGGCAGACUUACUCCUUACCUGAUAACGCCACUCCACCCUGCUACGAGCAGUUCACCUUCCAGAGCCUACCUGAGCAGCCAGAGCCCAACACCUGGCGAGUCCCAUACUGUGGAAUGCCACCCGACCCUCCCAGGUACCUGGACAACCGAGAGAAGAUUUAUAUCAACUUGUGUAACAUCUUCCCACCCGACCUUGUAAGACUGGUCAUGAAAAGGAACCCUCACAUGACAGAUGCUCAGCAGCUGGCCGCAGCUAUUUUAGUGGAGAAAUCCCAGCUGGGUUAUUGAAAGAUGAUGCGUCUUUGUGGUGUUGAGUGGGUGGGUUUUUCUUUGUUGUUGUUGUUGUGUGAGUGUGUGUGUGUGUGUGUGUGUGUGUGUGUGUGUGUGUGUGUGGUGGUUGUUGUUCAGCUCAAAUGCUGAGGAAGGUUUGCUACAAUAGCACACGUGAUCUCCUUCUCAGCAAGGAGAUUAUAUAGUAUCCAUUUAUGUGAAAUACUGUAUCAUGGAAUCUGUAUGUCUAGCCCCACUUGGUAGAAGAUUAGCCAAUUGCUUUACAUUCAAACUUUUUUUUUUUAAAGUUUCCUUUUUAAAGCGAUAUCCUUGGCUGGAAAAUGUUUCCAGUUUGAUUUCCUGGAUGUAUCUGUGAUCUUUGAUAUUAAUCUUUGGUGCAUCAGGGGUUUAUAUGCAGCACUUUUUAUGCCUGUUUCAUGUUUUAUUAACUUGGUGUUUUGUCUAUCUAAAUUGCAAGCAAUUACAAUACCUUCAGAAUGUGGGACAUUUGACUAGACCUAGCAAACUGUUUUUUCAAGCCAAGCUUAACUAGAAUCUUUUACAGCUUUUUAAGUUAUUUUUUGGGGGGGUGGGAGGGAGUGGGCUUCUUUGUGCUAUAAUCAUUAUUUAUAGAAACAAAGAUAUACUACAGCACUGACUUUAUAUUUGAAACAAAAAUGUAAGUUACCAGUUUAUGUUAAAAAUGGGUAACAGUAUAUACUAGAAUGAUUUACAAUAUGGCACUUUUUUAUUGUUUUAUUUUUUAUUUUCUUUUUUUGCUGUUGAGAAAUUAGUUAAUUUAAUAUGGCCAAUUUGAAAGAAAGCAGAUGCAAUCAAUGGGAAACACUGUUUCCAUUUGGGGGGGUUUUGUUUUGAAUGAAUAAGGCAAUAGCCGGAACUUGAGAGGCAGGCACAUUCUGACUGGCCCGUGGCGUGCUUUCGGGCAGCCAACAUGGAAACAGCUCCUAGAUUUCCAUCCACUUGUAUUUUUAAUGUCUUGUCUUUUUGUUUGGGGGGCACAAUAAUACUGGAUAAAUAAGUUUCCACAGUACUUGCCUGUUUUUAAUGAAUCUAAUUAUUCUCAAUGCAACUUUUAUAUUUAAUAUACUCUAGCUUUCCUGCUAUUUAUCAAGGCUGGCCUGAGGUGGGUUUUGUGUGUGUGUGUGUGUGUGUGUGUGUGUGUGUGUGUGUGUGUGUGUAGGACAUGCCACAUUUCUUGAUAUACUGCACUAUAGAAAUGGCAAUGGAGGAGCUGUAAAUUGGUAACUUAAAUUUUUUUUGUAACAUAUUGUAUAUUUUCCAUUUUCCUGAAGGUAGUUCUUUUUUUGUGUGGGGGAGGGGGGCCUGUUAUAUUAUUAAGGCCAGACUCUUGCCAUAAAUAGUGUAGUUUUAGAUACAGACUAAAGUCUGUUCUAGUUUUAGCAAGGGAUAUUUCUGGUUUCUAAGUCAUGGGUCUUGCUUAACCAUGAUUGCGUUUCUGAGGAUUAGAAAGUGGAUUCCACAGUCUGUGGCCGACAGUCGUGUGAUUGACGUAACUUGACUUUUCCCUCUAGAGUCUGAACUUGACUUAGCACGUCAGACACACUCAUCUCUGUCUCUGCAGUCUUCUUGGAGCCCAGAGGUACAGUUUGAAGUAAAACCCUGCAAAACCAGAAAGUACCUUUUACUGUUGAUACAAAUUGUAUCUUUUUAACAAUAAGAACUAUUUUGAUUUGUAGAUCUAGUUCAAAACACAAAUGUGUAACUACAAUUAGAGUUUUGGGCAACAUUUUAUCCCUUAUUUAAAUACCAAAUUUUUCAAGUAAAAGGAAAAAAAAUUGAAGUCUAGAAUAGGGUAGAAAAUAAAAAGUAACAAUUAAGGUAAAAUAAACGUGUCUGUCUUAGUUUUAUAGAAUAUAUUGAAACAAAUUACAGAAAUUUAUUGGCAUUUCCUUUCUUCUAAAACUUUUAACCUAGUGUGAACUGAACGUAAAAAUAAACACGUAAAUAAAGGUAAAAUGCUGCCUGAAAAUAAUGUCCAAGCAUCUUUGACUAGAAUAACAUUUCUACUACUUGUGCCACACUGUGUGUUGCAUCAAGUAGGAUUUGGGUAUACCGUAAAUGCUUCUAAAAGGCAUUGUGCAUAUUGACAUAUCCAAUAAUCUGAACCAUGUUCAGCAAACUUAAUUCAGGAGAGUGAAGUCCGACACCAUUUCCGCUGUCGUGUUUGGCAGGAGGAGGCCAUGCCUACCCUUCUGAGUGGGGGCUUGGGGGUGGGGAGAGUGACCCCCCCACACACACCUGUGGAGUGUCCUCUCUCGCCUUGUCCUUAGCUGUAGAACAAGUCUAAAAUAAUAGAAAGGCUGAGUGAGUGCCAAGAAUAGGGUUUCAGAUGUGUAGGUUAGGUACCUUUGGUUUUAGUCAUUCUGCUAAGACUUUGUAGUAGGAAAUUCUUUUUGAAAUCGUGCAUGGGAGCUUGGCUUCCGCGUUGCUUUGGUUUAGCAUUUGAGUGAUUUGAAAGUGGCUGGAUGUAAUGAAAUUGUCGCACAUCGGAUCUUCUUAGGUGAAAACAAUAGGACUUUUUGAAAUGUUUUGUAAGCUGGCGUAUUUGUGGUUGAUUUGGGAAAAGUAUCCCCUGUCUACUACUCCAGAGAGUAGUGAAUGAAGAAGGAGCAGUUUUUUUUUUUUUUUAA